AUGGUUAUUAAGCAUGUACUUGCUGUCUUAUGCAAGUUUAUUCUGCGCUCACAUCAACAAUCUUUAAUCACAGCAGAAGAGGCAUCAAUAAUUAACAAAGAUGGUGGAAAACAUGCCGUGACAGUUGAAGGUGUUAAAGGAUUACCAAAAUUAUUAGAAAUUAUUGAACAUCCGACACAAGUUGUGUAUGAUUAUAUGCAUCUUGUCUGUUUAGGAGUUGCGUAA